AUGAGGAACUGCAAUAGUUAACGGGUUGUCAAGAACUAGGGAGGCGGAGGCUUCAACUAAUAUUGCAGCCGCUGCAACAGACCGGAGGCAGGGGGGUAAGCCAGCUGCUACCGGGUCUAAUGAAGAACUAAAGCCUUCCAUUCUCCUGUUAAAGAAGCACUCCCCAGGCUCCCUCUGCCUGUGUGACUGGCCAGCAGGAGGUGGUGUUAACUUUCUAGCCACUUCUCACACUCUGUGAGACAGGCUGCAGAAUGUUUUGCUCCAGCUCAUCCCAGCCUGGCGUGGGACAGGGAAGAGAAAUGGCUGCAGUGGAGUCAGUCCAGGGGCUGGUGACCUUCAAGGAGAUGGCUAUGUAUUUCACCAGGGAAGAGUGGGCUCUGCUGGACCCCACUCAGAGAGCCCUCUACUGGGAUGUCAUGCAGGAGAACUAUGAGACUGUGACCUCGCUGGGCCAGAGAAUAACAUCCAUGUUUCGCUGCAGAUCAUCUCGUCCUCCCAGGGGCAAGGAAAUGGCUGCAAUGGAGCUGGCUCAGGGGCCGGUGACCUUCGAGGAGGUGGCUGUGUAUUUCUCCAGGGAAGAGGGGACUCUGCUGGACCCCACUCAGAGAGCCCUCUACAGAGAUGUCAUGCAGGGGAACUAUGAGACGAUGGUCUUGCUGGGUAAGGAUUCCUGUCCCUUCUGUUCUUGGAAGGGGAAAUGAAGAGUGAAGGUUCAUGCCACCCCCACAAUGCCAUCUGUACCCUGUCCUGUUUCAGCAUCACCCCAAUAGGCCAGUAACAUACAUACUACCAGAGACCCUCCUCUGCUGCAGAACACUUUGGGAACAGAGCACAGGAGCAGCAUCACACAAUGUCAAAUAUCUCCUCUUUACUCAAGUAAAACUGGGGUUAGGUCCAGCAUAAUGAACAGAAGCUUCCUACCCCCAGCCUUCUCUCAAACCCUGAGCCUUCUCUACCCAAACCAGAAUGUGCUUGGGGUGUAACAAGCAGGCGGCUGGAGUCAGAGCUGCCAGUCCAGGGUUACUUAUCAUACAGACACUCAGUGCGUCCUUGAACGCUGGCUGGGAGUAUCCAGACAGGGGAGCUCCAGCAGCAGAACACUGAAUCUCACCCAGGAUUACAGAUGACACAACUCCUCGCCGAUCUGGAUUGCACCCCAGCAUGUGAAAAUGGCCUAGGUUGGUAGUGACAUUUCUUGAGACAUGGAGAGUCUUGCUCCCAUAUCACCAGGUGUAAUAAAAAUAACAGGAAAGGCCAAAU